AGAAGUACUAAUCUAUUCUUACGUUCGACUGCCGUGUGGUGUACAUGUGACGUUAGGAAUGUGUGUGAAUAUUUCGAUGUUUGUGGAAACUGAGCCUGAACUUUGUAUAAUUCUGGAUUGCCACGCGUAUGGAAAGCGCUUCUUUGCAAUUAAGCAGCAAUCAUGGGGUUUGUCGUGAUCAAUACGGGUUACCUGAAAACCAAGUCGGGCAUCAUGAAGAUCAUAGAAAUCGUGUGCGUGGUCUGCGCCUUCGGUCUCCUCCGCGUGAGCUCCCGCAUCUGCGGCCACACCACUGACUCGCAUUACCUCGGCGUCGGAGUCCUCGUGGCCGCCUUGAUGGUCACGCCGCUGCUCCUCAUCUCGUACAUGAUGGGCAAGAUGCAGAUCCAGAACACAUACUUGGAAAUCGCCCUCAACGCCCUGUUCUCCCUUUUCCUGCUGGCAGUGGGCGCGGAUGCCCUCAAGGCCGUAGGCACCGUCUACACUAACAACUAUAACAGGAAGUGCUUUGCCAUGGGCAUCUUCAGCAUCGCCGCCUGCAUCACUUACCUUCUGGAUACGGUGUUCUGUGUAAUGGUAUACAGGGGAAACAACUGAGAGUGAGGGCGGUUGGCACCUUUUGAUAUUGGUGUACCUACUUAGGCAAUUGUUCCUCUCGCAUAUGUGCUGUUUACAAAUGCAGGUUAUGUACACCCAAGUAUAAACAUACACACGCACACACAUAUAUAUGUGUUUGUGUGUGUAUUUAUGUGUAUGUAUAUAUAUAUAUAUAUAUAUAUAUAUAUAUAUAUAUAUAUUU